AUUGAACAAUCACAUUCAUAACUAGAAAUAUAACUUGGCUGGACAACACAACCAGCCGAAGGUGAUAUUGUUACUGGCUCUGCUAUAAAGAGAUUUGAUUCACAAAUGUAGUAUACUAAUAUCUUUGGUAUUUAAAUUAUUUUACGUCCUCACUCAAGGGUCCAAUGACCUGCACACCAAGGAAUGGGGAGCACCGAAUUGGUUCCGUGGGUCCAGCAUGCCAUGGCGUGGAUGUGGUAGUUAUUGAUGAUAACUACCAAGAACUGUCUCCAGGUAAAAUAGGAAAGAUUGCAGUCCGUGUGAAACCUUAUCGUCCUGCGGGAUUGUUUAGUCGUUAUGUGGAUGAUCCCGACAAAACAGCAGCUCGUUUUUCAGGAGACUUGUACAUCACAGGUGAUCUUGGCUAUAAAGACGAAGACGGUUACUUCUGGAUUGUAGGACGAACCGAUGACAUCAUAUUUGUUAACGGCGUCAACAUAAAUCCUUGUGAUGUUGAAGAAUGUCUGAUUUCACACCAAGCGGUUUUGGCGUGUGCUGUGGUCAGCAGUCCUGACCCACUUGGACAGGCGUCAGUGAAAGCAUUUGUCGUGUUGUCCAGUGAUUUUAAGAACAAAGAACCAAAUGAGAUGAUAAAGGAACUACAAGAUUACGUGACAAAGAAGACAGGAGCCUGGAUGAGCCCAAGGAAGAUAGAAUUUGUGGAUGCCUUUCCCACUACGCUAACAGGCAAGAUCAACCGAAACCAGCUUAAACAAAAGGAGUGGAACCAGUUUUAAUAUAUAGAUUUAGCCAGGCUACAUACAAUCUCGUUCCCAGAGUCAUCGUUCCCCUUGACCAGC